CCUUAAAGGGGCCUCAGGAAGAGGAAAAGGUGUUUCUCUCUCUCUUUCUGUCGCCAUGGAGGGAAGCGACGGAGGGCGGGCGCUCUGCCUCUUCGACGUGGACGGCACCCUGACUGGGCCUCGGCAGAAAGUGAGUCCAGAGAUGGCCAACUUCCUGCAGGCUUUGAGGAAGAAGGUGAAAGUAGGGGUUGUUGGUGGAUCAGACUUUGAAAAAAUUCAGGAACAACUGGGAGAUGACGUUGUUGACCGAUUUGACUACGUCUUUCCAGAGAACGGUCUGGUGGCCUACAAAGAUGGACAACUUCUGAGUAAACAGAGUAUUCAAAAUCAUCUGGGUGAAGAGCUGCUCCAAGACUUGAUCAACUACUGCCUGAGUUACAUUGCAAAACUUAAGCUGCCUAGGAAACGAGGCACUUUUAUUGAAUUCCGGAACGGGAUGCUGAACGUGUGUCCGGUCGGCAGAAACUGCACCCAGAAUGAACGGAUUGAGUUCUAUGAAUUCGAUAAGAAGGAACACAUAAGGGAGAAAUUUGUGGCUGAUUUGCAAAGGGACUUCGCAGGGAAAGGCCUCACGUUUUCAAUAGGAGGACAGAUAAGUUUUGACGUGUUUCCAGACGGUUGGGAUAAACGGUUCUGCUUAGGAGUUGUUUCCAAAGAUGGCUUUAAAAAGAUCUAUUUCUUUGGUGACAAGACCAUGCCGGGUGGGAACGACUACGAAAUCUACACAGACCCCAGAACCAUCGGGCACAGCGUGACGUCUCCUGAGCAAACCAGGCAGAUAUGUGAAGAAUUAUUCUUUAAAUAGGGCAUGGGACUUGUUUAGCACCAAAAUUAACUGUAGGCUACUUAGAACUAAUAUUCUAAUUAAUUAAUAUAUAUGAAUAUAUCAGUCAACGGAGGAUGGGAAUCAGGAUCAGGACUGUACACUCUCAUUUGUUCUCUCAAGCUGCUAUUUCUAUGGAGAGAGAAGGUGCCAUUUCAGAAAUAAAAGGAUCCCCUGGUGAUGCAAUGGGUUAAAACCUUGUGCUGGCAGGACUGCUGACCGAAAGAUUGGCAGUUUGAAUCUGGGGAGCAUGAUGAGCUCCCAUCUGUUAGCUCCAGCUUCACAUGCGGGGACAUGAAAGCCUCCCACAGGAUGGUAAAAAAUCCAGGCGUCUCCUGGGCAGCAUCCUUGCAGACAGCCAAUUCUCUCACACCAGAAAUGACUUGCAGUUUCUGAAGUUGCUCCUGACACGAAAAAAAUUCAGAAAUCUUCGUGAGCCACAGGAAGAUUUUUCUUCCAAUUCACACCGCGGUCCUGGUCUUGUUUCCUCUCCUUCAUGGCUGACCUCCAAAAAAGUUGAACUGUUAAUUAUUUUACUUCACCCCACAGCACAACUCUUGGCAGAUAUAAUAGUACAGUUUUCAGGUUUACACAUUCUCUUGUCAAGGUUAUGACUUGAGACACGCACAUUCUCUUGUCGUCUAUGUCUUGAGCAAAUGCACCACACCACCUUCUUAGGUCCACCGUCCUUCUGAGCCAUGUGUGCAAAUAUCUCUUUGUGCUAGCCAUGGAUGUGUGAUUAGUUCAUUUCAGAAACCACUGUUGGUUUCAGACCCCGAUUCCACUUUCCUGUUUUCUGGAAAGGCAAACCUUCAUACCCAAAAUGGGUUACUUCCUUUGUGCAUUUCUAUGUAUCCCAUUCCAUUGUCAGAAACAUAGUUUGCUUUAGUCCCUAUAACCUCAAGAGGCUCCCUGACAGAUUUUUGUGUCUCUUGUUUGGGAUGACCCUAUAGCCAGCCCUCCACAUUUGCAGGUUUGAUUAAUAUAGUAAGUAAAUAAACUUUUAUUAUGGUCAAUGACCAGCUUAUAUCAAGUUCUCCAUAGGAAUUUCUAGGUCUUGUUUUGAUUUUAUGUUCAGCUUCCAGCAGACAUUGACCACAGAGCCAUGCUGGAGGACCUAGGGAUUCCCAGAAGCAUUUUCUCAAGUUCAACAAAAAUAUAAUUUCCCGCUUUGUUCUUAGAUCACUUGAAUUGCUGCAAAAGGAAUGCCAGCUUGCAUUUUAUUAACUAAACUGCAAGAGAAGGCAGAAUUUUACCUUUCCCAAUGGGCUUAGGCAAAAAGCAAACUCUGCAGUCGCUACCAACACAUUCCUCAUAAUGAUGGAUUUUGAUAUACUGAGCACGCUCUGACGUUGUUUCACUUGGGUGACCUGAGCUCCAGUUUCCAACCCUGAAAUCCCUCCCAUAUUUCAUAAUCUGGGGACAAAGGUGGAAAAGAAUCUGGGAGAUUUUUAAAGGAGCUGAGAAAAUGGGGCAACUGGAUCCCUGCCCAUGGGGCCCAGCAUCCCAAACCCCAACAAAUGUGGUGGCCUGGCUAUAUUAUGUCCUCCCCUACCUCCAUUAUCUCAGGGCAUAACCCAGUAGGGCAAACGUUGUUGGAGGUCGUGUUAUUUAUAUGUUUCGUUAACCAGACAACAUUCAUUCCGAGCCAUUUCUUGGGAACUCCAGGAAAGAAACUGCACCUUUUGAUUCCUACCUCUUGCAUGUUUUAAUCCCUGCUAGCUGUGUCCCGAAACAGGUUAAACUUGAUAUACUUUUGCCCCAAAUGUUUUGAAAAGGAACUGUGGAAAUUAUAGCUCUUGUCGUGGGGCUUUGAAGCGCAUACAUCACACAUUUGAAAGAAAUGGGUAGUAAAGGGACCUUUUCAAGCAUUAAAAUUGUGAAUGGGGUAAGGGAAAAAAGAACUUUACAGUCAUGUAUCUCCCUGCAAGAUUUUUAGAAACAAAAGUAGACUUGGAGACAGAUAUAUGCACACAUAAUCUUUUUCAACUGAUGGCAAGAGUUCUUCAAGACCCAAGCAGAAGCCUUUGGAUUCUAAAUGGUGCUUAAAAGUAUCUUCUCCCUAAAGAUGACAAAUGUGAUUUGUCGUAAAAGGGUCUUUAAGGUUAAUAGAAAGCUUAGAAGAAAUUCCUCAGGGACGUCUUUCAGGCAAGAAAAGAUGUUUGUUUCAAUGACUCUGGAAACAAGAAGGUUCUGCUCAGCAUUAAAAUACGAAUACAAGGCUCUAAGCCACGCUUUUAAUUUACUCUCUUCACCAUCUGCUGUUUUAAACCCUUUUUUCUGAAUUAUUGUGCCUAUACAGUUACUGUGCCUACAUGCUGUGGGACACAGCGGCCUAUGUAUUGAAAUAUGUCUCAAAAUAUCCACUGAUUUCAGAACUGUCUUGUUUGAAAUAUGUAGUAAUAUGAUGCCAAAGGCUUUCAUGACUGGAAUCACUGGAUUGCUGUGAGUUUUCCGGGCUGUAUGGCUAUGUUCCCGAAGCAUUCUCUCCUGACGUUUUUCCCACAUCUAUGGCAGGCAUCCUCAGAGGUUGUGAGGUUGUGACUAUACAGCCCAGAAAACUCACAACAACCCUAUGCAGUAAUGGUCAAACUAAAUGUGCAAAUGUAUUAUUUUUUUAAAAAUCCAGUAAUUCACAACUGUGCCAUUGGAUAGAUAUUAAAAUCCCAAUAAACAAGGCACAUUGUAUGAGUAA